GUCCUGCCCUGAAGCGGCAGGGAGGGUAACCCCGUAGCCGGCGGUGGGCGGAGCCUCUUUCCCGUGCGGCCGCCGAGGAGCAGCCAUGACGGAGCCGAAGGUAUUGGUGAUUGAUGGCCGUGGCCACUUGCUUGGUCGCUUGGCGGCCAUUGUGGCUAAACAAGUCCUAUUAGGGCGCAAGGUUGUGGUUGUCCGUUGUGAAGGUAUUAACAUAUCUGGCAACUUUUACCGCAACAAAUUGAAAUACCUUGCUUUUCUGCGCAAGCGUAUGAACACCAACCCCUCUCGUGGCCCUUACCACUUCCGUGCCCCCAGCCGAAUCUUCUGGAGAACAGUGCGAGGAAUGCUCCCACACAAGACCAAACGUGGUCAGGCUGCCUUGGAGAGGCUGAAGGUUUUUGAUGGCAUUCCCCCUCCUUAUGACAAGCGCAAGAGGAUGGUGGUCCCAGCAGCUCUGAAAGUGGUCCGCCUCAAGCCCACACGCAAGUUUGCUUAUUUGGGUCGCCUUGCCCACGAAGUUGGGUGGAAGUACCAGGCUAUCACAGCCACCCUGGAGGAAAAGCGAAAACAGAAGUCGAAGCUCCAUUAUGCAAAGAAAAAGCAACUAAUGAAACUCCGGAAACAGGCAGAGAAAAAUGUGGAGCCCAAAAUUGCAAAAUACACAGACAUUCUGAAGCAGUAUGGCAUCCUGGUUUAAAUCAACUGCUAUGCUUAAUUCACAAUAAAGAAAAAAAUUGCAGUUUUA